AUGCUGGUUAAUUAUAAAGGUAUACAUAAUGUAGAUUUACCAAUAACAGAUCUAGAUGAUCCAGAAGAUGAUAUAAUAUUCAAUGAGCUACAAGAUCAGCAAAAUCAACAAAAUCAAGGUAGAAAAUCUUCAAAUUUUUUAGAUUCGUUAGAUUAUGAAAAUCCAAAACAAUCCGAACCAGGUUUAUUCAAUAAAGUUAAAUCUAUAUUUGGUAAAGGUGGUCAUUCAAAUGAUUAUUAUGAAAUGAUUAACAGAUCUGAAGAAAAUGAAGCUGAAACUCCAAGUGAAUCAAAUUCAAAUUCUGAUUCUGAACCUACUAUAAAUUUACAAAAUAUUCGAAUUCAGUUACUUGAAAACAAAGUUAAAAAUAGAACCAUAAUUGGAUUAUCCACUAUUUUUAUAAUUUCAAUAAUUACAUUUAUACUAUUUUUUAAAAAUCAAGAGUAUGUUAAAUUUGAAUCAACGAGUAAUGUCAGAAAAGUGUAUUCAAAUUCAACUCAUGAUUUCCAUAAAACUACCAUAUUAGUUUCUUUAGAUGGUUUCCAUCCACAUUAUAUAAAUUCAUUAGAUACUCCAACACUCCAUAAUUUACUCCUAAAUGAAUAUUCAACACCUUAUUUAAUUCCAAGUUUCCCGUCAUCAACAUUUCCUAAUCAUUGGACAAUUAUAACUGGCUUGUAUCCAUCUGAACAUGGAAUAGUAGGAAAUACAUUUUAUGACGUACGUUUAAAGAAACAAUUUAUAAAUACUGAUCCUAGAUUUGGAUUAAAUCCUGAGUUUUGGAAAGGUGGUGAACCUAUUUGGAAAACCGCUGAAAUUCAAGGUGUUAUAUCUGCUGUUCAUCAAUGGCCAGGAAGUGAAGUACCACAAAUUGGACCAGCUGAAUUUGAUAAAUUUAAUUCAACAGAGUUAUUAAGUUCUAAAAUUGAUAGAGUAUUUGAAUGGAUAGAUAGAGAUAUUGAAACUAGACCUGAAUUAAUUUUAACUUAUGUUCCUACAAUAGAUCAAAUUGGACAUAAGUUUGGAAUAAGUGGUCAAAAUUUAACUGAUGCUUUAAAUUAUGUUGAUAAUUUUAUUGAGUUAAUGUUUAAAGAAUUAGAAGCACGUAAUUUAAAAGAUAUAGUCAAUGUUAUAAUUGUUUCAGAUCAUGGUAUGGCACCAACUUCAAAUGAAAGAUUAAUAUAUCUUGAUGAUUUGGUAAAUUUAAACAAGAUUGAACAUGUUGAUGGUUGGCCAUUAUUUGGAUUAAGGCCAAAAAAAGAAUAUAAAGUUGAAGAUAUAUACAAUGAAAUAACUGCCAACCUUGAGAAACUCCCAUCCAGUUUAUCAUCAAAUUAUAAUGUGUACAAAGUUGAAGAUAUUCCUAAACAAUAUCAAUUUGGAGGAAAAGAAUCAGAACAUAAAUUUAAUUACAGAUUAGCUCCAAUUUGGAUAAUUCCAGAUGUAGGUUACGUCGUCACUACACAUCAACAAAUGAAGGAAAAGAAUGGAAAUUAUUCACCAAAAGGAGUUCAUGGAUACAAUAAUACUCAAUUAUUAAUGAGGGCAAUUUUUUUAGCUUCUGGUCCUUAUUUUAAACAAAAUAUACAACUGCAAAAUAAAAAAAUUGAACCGUUUCAAAACACGGAGAUUUAUAAUUUAGUAUGUGAUACAUUGGAUUUAAAACCAAGUGAAAAUAAUGGAACAAAUACAAUUUUAAAUAAACCAUUACCGAAUGAAUGGAGAGACGAUUUAAUAUUUCCCGAUUUAUCAUUUGAAGUUGAACAUAUUGUGAGAAAUAACGCAACUUAUGAUUUAUUAUAUAGAUUGAAAGAAGAUCUAGAUGGUGCUAAAGAAGGUGAUGAUCCUUUAAGUUCAAUGAGAUCUGAAGAAUCAAGUAUUACGUCAAUGAGUACUGAAUCAUUACCUAAACCAACUGAUUUCAUAACUACUAGUUCAACUACAAGUACGAAAACUCAUGAAAGUUUUGGAGGGAUUGUGGAUGAUAUUAUUGAUGGUGUUGAAGAUGGUUUGGGUGCAAUUGGUGAUGCUGUUGAAGAUUUUAUAGAUAAGAUUUUUGAUCAUGAUGGAGAUAAUGAUAAAUAA